AAACAAGCUCGUCUCGCUUCGUCCCUUUUGUAAUGCUUAAUUUUUCUUAUUCGUCGAACGCCCGUCUUCAAGAGAGUUCGUUCUUGGAAGCUCGUUCGGCGGAGGUUUCAGCCGGUAUACGCUCUCUCUUUCUCAACCGGCGGUGUGCGGACAGUGCCCUCGAGGACUCAUUCUAUCAGGGCCGUUAGCCUUGGGCGAAAUACCACAUGGACAUCAUCUCACAGCUACAAGAGCAAGUAAACUCCAUCGCGUUUCUUGCCUUCAAUACCUUCGGUACACUGCAGAGAGAUGCUCCUCCAGUUAGACUUUCUCCAAACUACCCUGAACCACCUCCUGCAAAUGCUACUGAUGACGCCACAAAUUUUACAGAACAGCCCAAGAUUAUGAGUGCAGCUAUAGUUCGUGCUGCCAAGCAGUUUGAUUUGCUUGUUGCUGCACUGCCUUUGUCGGAGGGUGGCGAGGAAGUGCAGUUAAAGCGCAUAGCUGAACUCCAGGCAGAGAACGAAGCAGUGGGAGAGGAGCUCCAAAAGCAACUAGACGCAGCUGAGCAAGAGUUGAAACAAGUUCAAGAGCUAUUCAACAAAGCGGCAGAUAAUUGCUUGAACAUGAAGAAGCCAGAAUGAUGAAUACCGCGGCAAUAUAAUAGUGCGAAUUCCACACUGUUUGUUGGGGGGAGCCAUAUUUGGUCGCGCUUGUUGUCUCACACUUUUGUCAGGCCAUCCCAAUGUAUUGUAAAUAAGACCCACCCGUCCACUAAAAGUUUAAAUUCUUUGUUCUAUUGAUCUGUUUGUUGAAGAGGUGUAUGUGUGUGCGUCUGUUCUUAGGCUCAUCGGUUGUCAAGACUUUAUUUGACUCCCAUUUGCAAUACAACCAAAAGAAAUGACGUAGGCAUAUAAUGAAUGCAUUGUUAUCUGUCUCA